UUUGCUUCCUCUCUUCUCUGUCAACGCAAACAAAAAGAGCUUCCGAGGAAGCUUCGUCCCUCCCUCCCUCUCUCUCUCCCUCUCUGUAUCUCCAUCUCUCUCCCUUUACAAAAAGAGGAUCUCCCCAUCUCUCUUCCUUCACUCCGAAGUUCAUGUGAGAACGGUCGGGAAGAAAAAAAACCCAAAUCCAAGUUCCUUCUCUCUACAUUUCUGCAAUCCAUGGAGCAAAAUCACAACCUCACAUUGGCGAAAACUGGAAAGAGAAAAACCCCAGAAUCCGAGGAUUGUGAAAUUUUUGGUGGUGCCUUGUUGGAUGGUCUGAAUCAAGACCUGCUCGAGGGGGUCCUCUCAUGGCUACCCGCCUCCAGCUUCUUCCGCCUCCGUUCAGUGUGCAAAAGAUGGAGUUCCGUUGCAGCGUCUGCAACCUUCCGAAUCGCCUGCUCUCGGAUCCCCUCCAGAGAUCCGUGGUUCUUCAUGGUGGAUCCCCAUCUCAACCAAUCAAUCGUCUUUGAUACAACUGAAAGGAAUUGGAAGAAUCUCAACUACCCACAUCUCCUGCGGCAGGACUGUAAUGCCAAAUCCAUCCCAGUUGCCUCGUCAGGAGGCUUGGUCUGUUUCCGCACGGUCUCUGGUGACUUCAUCGUCUGCAAUCCGAUCACAGGUGCCUGUCGGGAGCUCCCCCCAGCAGGCCUGUCCAGCCAAAGUCAUACUCUUCACGCUAUUGCCAUGAGUUCAUCUACGCAAGACCCUUCCUUGUAUAAGCUGGUCUUAGUCGCUGGUGAAUUGCCUUCUCUCACUGUCAAAACCUAUGAUUCUGUGAAAAACCAAUGGGAAGACGACUUCACACUAAGUAGGAAAACCGACAAUUUGCCGGAAUCUGACAUGUCCAGUGACGAUACAGUGUACUUUCUCAGCAAGGCCGGAGAUGUGGUUGCGACAAACAUGCAACGCAGCCCGUCUAAGCAAUACUCAUCUGUUAUAACUGUCGAAAAUGGAGAAGAGAUAAUCUAUUUCCUUAGCUUCUCUGGGACGGUCGUCGCAUGCAACCUUGCUCGGAAAUGCUUCUCCGAGUACCCAAGGCUGCUGCCAGUGUUCUUUGAGUAUUCAAUUGACGUGGUUGAGUGUAGAGGGGAGAUGUUGGUGGUGGUCUUGUGGGAGUUCCUAGAGACAGCAAGCCUAAGGGUGUGGAGGUUCUCUGAGGUGGGCCGUGUGUGGACCCAGAUUGCCGUGAUGCCGCCAGCUAUGUCGCAUGAGUUCUAUGGCAAGAAGGCAGACAUAAACUGUGUUGGGUGCGGCGACCGGAUGCUGAUCUGCGUGAACUCGGGUGAGUUCAAUAGCUACAUUAUGUGUAAUGUGGCGCAGAACGAGUGGGUGGAGUUGCCCAAAUGCCUUAUUAAUGGGGAGGCUAAGGAAUUCAUGUCUGCAUUCUCAUUUGAGCCUAGAGUGGAAGCUUGUGUAUGAGACUGUUCGGGUGUGUUUGAUUGAUGAUGAUGGUUUUGAUUUCUUCUUCCCAUUGUUGUAAAAUGGCCAAUGGUGUUUGGCAUAAAAAAAAGGCAAUGUAUGUGUAUAUAUUCUUCUAUUUGGUUUCUUUAGUGAUGAUCUUGCAAGCUCAUUUCCUA